GCUUGCUUAUCAAUGGAGAUUUCGAGACGCCGCCCAGCGGGGGAUUCCCGAGCCCCAGCCUUUCUGCCGGCGAGGGUACCACCUCCCUCCCCGGCUGGACCAUCGGUGGCACGGUCGAGCUCAUCGAGUCCAACCAGCGGCUAGGUGCCUUGAUCCUGAUCGUCCCUCAAGGGAAACAUGCAUUGAAGCUGGGUAACGAGGCGGAGGUGUCUCAGCUCGUGGAGCUCGAAAAGGGGUCGACGUACUCGGUGACGUUCAGCGCGGCGAGGACGUGCGCGCAGCUGGAGGCGCUGAACGUGUCGGCGGCGGGGGCGGUGGCGACGGUGGACCUCCAGACGCUGUACAGUGUGGAGGGGUGGGACGCCUACGCGUGGGCGUUCCAGGCGCAGCAGGAGGAAGGGGCGGAGACAAAGCUGGCGUUCAAGAACCCGGGGAUGGAGGACGACCCCAGCUGUGGGCCCAUCAUCGACAACAUUGCCGUCAAGAAGCUCUUCACACCUGAUAGACCUGAAGGUAGGUGAACUCCCUGGCAUUCUCGCUUUCUCUCUCUAAACUUUUCUUUCUUCUUCUCGGUGUCUCUCUUUGUCGAGCGCGAGAAGGGUCACCGCUGGAUGGCUGGACCACCGGUUCAGCAUUUGGUCUGAAAUAAUUGAAAAAGAUUGACCAAGUCUAGCUUUCCCCUCUAUAAAUGUGUCCGGAUCAGUAAAAGUCAGUAUGAAUCAGCUGGGUCGAGCUCAGGUUUGGUCCGAGUCAAGCAUUCCUGACUUGCUAGCAACUCAUAUCGGACGUGGGUUAGUCUCUUGAAGAUGUGAGAUAUGACCUCAACUUGAUGCGUGAUCAAGCCUAAUCAUAUUUCCCAAUCCUAACGGUCGA